UGGUUUAAAGAGCGCGUGACGUCAAGGGCUCCCGCGGAAGUACCGAGGAUUGGAAAACAGAGGUUAUGCUGCAUAGAUCACAGCGGGUGAAGGAGACAUUUAACGUUCGUUACCUGUAAAUACAGCAAGAGUACAGCCAUGAGCUGAGGCUCCCCAAACCCACCUUUCUCAAUGAUGAACGACAAACUGGUGUUCCUGGGUCUCCUUUACUUCAUCCAGGGCAUUCCAUAUGGCCUGCAGUCUUCUUUGCUCCCGGUGUACCUGCGCGGUGCCGGCCACUCCCUCACCCGCAUCAGCUUCACCAAAAUCCUCUAUUUCCCCUGGGUGCUCAAGGUACUCUGGGCCCCUCUGGUGGACCGGACUGGCACCAAGCGCUGCUGGUUGGUGGGCACAGUUGCUGGUCUGGCUCUCACCUGUUUGGUGAGCGCUACUAUCUCACCUAAUGUUCAGUACAUGGCCGUAGCAGGCUCUCUGCUCGCUAUGAACGUGCUAGCAUCAGUGCAGGACAUUGCGGUGGAUGGAGCGGCCGUGCGGCUGCUCAAGGGUCAGGGAGAGCUGGGUCUGGGAAACACUGUGCAGGUGGUGGGGUAUAAAGCUGGCUCUGUGUUUGCUGGAGGGGGGCUCUUGGCUGUGAUUGAUGUUGCAGGCUGGGGCUGGAUGUUCGCACUGCUGGCAUGUGUUUACGGUGGUGUUGCUCUGUUCGUGUGGGGCGCCCCGGUGUUGGAUGGAGAGUCGGUGUGGGGACAGGGAGAAGGACGGAGAGGGUCAAAGGAUGUGAUGCAACCCUGGAAGGUGUGGAGAAAGCUCUUGUCUGUGCCAGGAACGCCAUGGAUGAUGUGCUACGUUCUCACAUACAAGCUAGGUGAACAGGGGGCUAUCACCAUGUUUCCUCUCUUCCUGCUGGACCACCACAUGACGGCCAGAGAGCUCGGGGUGUGGAACGGGGUGGUUGCCAUGGCUUUUUCCAUCUGCGGCUCAUCAAUCGGGGGAUUCUUGCUCUCUCAGUACAGUAUUGGCAUGCUAAUGAGACGUGUGUUUAUGAUGCGGACUGUCAGCAUGGUCUUCCAGAGCUCACUUCUUGUAGUGCUGGAGCCCUCGCCCUUGAUGAAAGGUAUGGCAGUGCUGAGUCUGAGUUUGCAGCAUUUCAUAGCGGGUCUCAUCACCACUCUGACGUUCACUACAAUGAUGAACUGCACACAGAGAGCCGAGGAGAGCAUACAGGCCACCCACUACAGUUUUCUGGCCACACUGGAGGUCCUGGGGAAACUGAGUUUUAGUGCCCUGGCAGGAGGUAUGGUGGACACUGUGGGCUUUCCCAUAGCCUUCAUCCUCUUCCUCUUCCUCACCUCCAGCAGUGCCCUGCAUGUGUGGAGAGCCACAGAGACUGGUGUCCUGAAGGAGCAACUCAAGGAGCAGCCAAAGUGACCAGAGUUAGCCGAUGAGAGAGAGUGUGUUUCUGGGUGAGAGAGAGGGAAGUCAAAUCUUAUAUUUCGCAUUAGAUACUGGUGACCAAAUAGUAGCCAGUGAAAUGAAUCUGUUGUUUUUGUUUGUAUUUAUUUAUAACUCAACCAGCACUGAUGCGACAAGAGCCACAGAAGCACUCUCACAGAAAGCCAGUACCACUGCAAAUGCGUAACAGCUACAUUGCACCUCUACAGUAAACUAGCUUUAAAGCUACUUGCUUUUCAACAACAAGUCUUUCUAAAUGGCAAGCGUACUGAGCUAUGGCAACAAUUUGGUUAAUCUUUUACGUUUGUCAUAACGGACAAUGACAGAUUUAUUCCCUACAAUUGUACUGGUUAUAAAAGAUCUAUAUCAGGGUCUAGUCAAGUUUGAUUUAGUUACCCUAGUCAUUUACAGAUUUCAUUAUAUACAGCAUGCAUCGCUUUAGAAAUGCCUUUAGUUUUUAAUCCAAUGCCCUCUGACACCUUAGAUAUAACUCCAUCAGCUUAUUGACCAAUCAGCAACACACUGGGAGCACUAUGAACAUUGAAUUAUGGUACUAUGCUUAGUGGAGUGCAUUUUUGUAUUCUCAGUGCAAUACUUAAAUUAAAGGGGUCAUAUCACCGAAAAUGCAUAUUGCAUUAAAUUAAAUUAAGUGUAUGACAAAAAGGCACUGAACCUUUACAGUAUUAAACAUACAUUGUGGAGCACCUGAAAAUCCUUUAUCUUUCCUAGGAUUAUUAGGAAAUGUAAGGGGAAAUUGGCCCAGCAGAAAAUGUAUUAUCAAGAUGGUGUCUGAAUGUCUUAAAGGCACAGCAGCAAAAUCAAGGGCCGGAAAUGGUCAUGACAAACUUAAUUAGGACCGUUUCGAUGCAGAGAACUUGAUUAACAUUGUAAGUGGACCUCAGGGAAAAAAAGUAUUUGAAAAAGCAUGAUAUGACCCCUUUAAUGAUUAUAAAUACUGUACACUGUAACAGUUAAUCUCAUCAAGCUCAUUUUUUGAGCAGUUACAUGUUUGUUUGAAAUGGGUUUUUUUUUACGAGUUGGCUUCAUUUCCUAUGCAAUAACACAAUAUUACUCGUAGUUAUUAUUACAAACAACUUUACUUCUCGCACACAGAAAGAACUAAAAACUUUAAGUUGCCUUAUUGUUAUUAUUAUUAUUAUUUUAAAGAUUUACUGUAAAGCCAAAACAUGGAGCUGUUGUUGAGACUAUGAAAGCAUACAUGUGGGAUGUCACUUUUGGAGGGGAAUUCAAUUUCAGUUGCAAAAAAGAACAUCAAAUGAAACUGCAGCUGUACAUGCAUAUAGCACAGUAACAGUAUAUGUUUACCAUUCCUGUUGAAAGCAGAACAAUGUUUAGAUAUAAUACACUAUAGUAUAAUUAUAUAGUCUAAUCUUCUUUUUUGCAUUUGUUUUCUUGGAGAAAUAGAAACAGACAGUCCCAAUUAAAUGCUACAUUUUAAAAAUGGUUACAGAGUCAUAACACUUUAUGAAAUAAGUGGAAAAGCUAUGGCCGAUUGAUGGUUAUUUUGUCAUUAAAUCUUCUGAAAGGCAAAGCCCUUACCAAACAAGCCAUUUUUGUCAUUUUAGCUUGGACUAAAAGAGACUCAAAAAUAAAAGCUAUUACUGAA